GGACUCCAGGCGAGUCCCUGCGCUCCAGCCAGACUGCCCUGUUCCCGGGAGGAGGUGCUCACCUGACCCCAUCAGGGAGGGAGGGUGGGCGCUGCAGGGCUGAGCUCACCCCUAGGGCUGGCCAGAUGGGACCAGGAGGGACAGAGCAAGUGGGGUGAAGGCCGUGGUGGGAGGGGCCCAUGAUGACGGGCCAGGGCUUGUGUAGAAAUGGGGGCUUUGGUUCCCCACGGCCCAGGACAGCCGAGAAGAGGUGGAGGGGCCCCAGGGGAGCGUCCGUCAGGCCUUGCGGGGCACCGGGGCCGCUCACCAGCGCUGGGGCAGGUGCCUCUGCUGUCAACUCCACCCGACAGACCAAGGCCAGUGGGGCCAUCACUUCCUGGGGUGACCCUGGCCAUGGCUGGGAGAUGCCCGGAUGGAGCUGGAGGCUGACAAAGGGCCCUGCAGGGCGGUUUGCGACUUUUCUGUUGAUCCUGGAACGUAGGUGGUGCAGUGAGAGGGAAAGAGAAUUGAAAAGCUCAGGCUGCCGCAGGUUCUGCAAUGAGAGGUGCAGGAGGCAGGAGCCUGGCCCAGGGGAUGCUGGUGCCUCCCCGGGGUCUGGGAGAACAGGAGGAAUGGCUGGGAAGUGGUUGGGGGAGCCAGGAGGCCUGGGGGCCAGGGGCUGCAGGGGAGACUGUGGGGGGUGCCUGGCAGCCAGGAGGCCCCAGGUAGUUUUGAGGCUCGCUUUUGUACGGUGCCUGAGAAGACGGUGAAGGAGCCAGGGCAGGUCCCGUCCUGGGCAUUGGAGAUGAUGAAACUGAGCUGACCUGGCCCAUGUAGAGCUGGCCUGGGGGGCACAGCCCAGAGACAGGAGCUUAUGAGGAAGUGAGGCGGUGGCGUCACAAGGGUGCGGAAGGGGCCCUGGGAAAGGGCGGCCUUGGAUCAGGGGCUCACCACAAGCCUGGCAUUUCAGCCAGGGCUAGAGGAGGCAGGGACACCUGGGUGAGAGGCAGAGGGCACAGCCAUGCAAAGGCCCUGGGAUAGGACGGCACCUGGCAUGCAGGAGGAACAGAGUGAAGAGAGGAGGGCAGGGCCUUGUGGGCCUCAGGGAGGACUUUGGCACUUACCCCGAGGGAGUGGGGCCCCUGGGUGCCUGUCCAGAUGGGAAAGGCAGGGUUGGCUCUGUGGGGACCCGACGCAGGGGCAGGGGAAGCCGAGACCAGGGUGUAAGCUCUGCCCCCACCCAAGCCGGAUUCUACCCGAGGCCAGGUCCAGCCAGAGGAGGCAAGGCAGGAGGUUUCUGGAUGUUUGUUGGGUUUUAUGUUGUUUUUUUUUUUUAUUGUGGUAAAAUACAAAAUCUACCAUCUUACAGUGAGGUGGCGUUCAGUACCUUCACCAUGCCGUGCAGCCACCACCUCCGAUUCCAGAACAUUCUCAUCACCCAGAAGGCAGUCCUGUCCCCUUUACAUCACCUAGUCACCCCCAGGUCCACCUCCCCAAUUCCAGCACCCACGAACCCUCUCCCUGCCUCUGUGGAUCAGCCUGUCCUGGACAUUUCAUAGAAGUGGGAUCACAGCACGCCCUUCUGUGUCUGGCUCAGAGGAGCGUGACAUCCUCAAGGUGCAUCCACACUGUGGCCUGGGUCAGAGCUUCGCACCUCCUGGUGGCUGAAUCUCAUUCCAGCACAUGGCUGGCCCCCUCCCCCUCACUGGGUGUUCUGUGUUCUCCUCCUCGGGUUGUCACCAAUUGUGCUGCUGUGAGGCCCCGUGUGGGGGUCUCAUCCUGGGUGUGUUUUACAAAUGGACUGGGUGUGAGCGGGUGAGGAGAGGAGCUGGGGUGCCAGGUGCCUGCGCCCCUGACUUGGCACCGCCUCCUGCGAUCGAAGGUGCAAGGGGGAGACAGAAGCCCCUCAAGGGGGUGUGGAGAUGGAGAGGCCAGGCCCCAGGUGGGGCAUGCGUAGAGCUGGGGGCUCACAGCCACGGACCCCACCUGGCAGUGGCGCUGGCCCUGCCCACCCACACUGUCACCCCCUGUUGUUAAAUACUCAGAACGACUCUCCAGCCCUCCCCUCCCUUGAGGCCACCUCACCCCGCCCGCUGCUGGGAGGAGGGAGCCAUCAGCGCUGUUGCCGGAACACUGGGUGGCCUUUAUGCUGUCAACAGUGGCCUCGGAGGCCUUCCUGGCAGGAGCCCCAGGGACCCAGGCAGACAUGCAAACCCUGAGGCAAGAGGCUGCCCGGCCCUAUGUCCCCUCGGGGACCCUCGAGGCCAGCUUCCCAGCACCUCUCUACAGCGAUGACUACCUGUCCCUGGAGGGUCCCCGCUGGCCACUGGCCAUCAGGCAGGCCACACGCUGGAAGUACACACCCAUGGGACACGACGCAGCCGGCCAGCUGUGGUACGCAGGCCUGACCAACUCGGACACCCGGAAAGCGUGGUACAACCUGCCGUUGGACCUGGCCAGCCCCUUCCGCGAGGCCUACAACCGCUGGCACGGCUGCUACCAACGCCGGGAGCACAGCAUGCCAUCGGCCUACACCCAGCACCUUCGGGAGACCGCCUGGCACGACCCCAUCAUCCCUGCCCAGUACCAGGUCCCCAGCACCCGGUGGGGGAGCACGCUGUGGAAAGACAGGCCAAUCCGGGGCAAGGAAUAUGUCAUCAACAGGAACCGGUACGGGGUGGAGCCACUGUGGAGGGCAUCAGACUACGUGCCCUCCCUGUCAGCGCCCCAGCACCCGCCUGGCACCACCCAGAACUACCGGGAGUGGGGUCUGGAGCCGUACUGCCCCUCCACCUGCCAGCGGCCCCCGCCUUCCUCCACGCCCAUGCCCCGAUAAACGCAUGCUGUCACCAUGCACCCACUGUCUUUCUG